AGCUGUUGAAGCUUGAUGUUGGUUUUGCGGCCGUUCUUCUCUCGUUAGUAGAUGAAGGUACCCUCAUCAUCUCACAGCAUUAUGCAGGAUACAGGAUACAGGAUACAGGAGUCCUACUCUAGGAUACAGGUGGAUGAGGGUGGGAGGCAAGAGUCGAGCCCCACCUCCCUCCAUGACUGGGAUAUUAACGACCCCGAUAUUCCAGCAAAAGUUCAUCUUUAUAUAUCCCGAGGAGUUGACCCCUGGGCUGAAUGGGCUGAUGGGCACUGCCGCUAUAUAUUCCAGGCAGAUGGAGACGAAGCAAAGAGGCAUUCAAGCGGAUGGGCUAUGCGUAAUACUAAUAAUCAUAAUGUGAAUAUUCUCAAGAAAUCUUGCCUAGGAGUCCUUGUAUGCAGUCUCAGAUGUGUUCUUCCAUCUGGAUCGGCGGUAACCAUCCGUCCGGCGAUUUGUGAUAAAGCCCGCCGAAAACAGCAAGGAAAACCCUGCCCCGCUCCCGGCUGCAGCGGUGUACUAGAAAUACAACCUUGCCGGUUUUAUUAACUUUAUACACAUUUUUGGAGACAUGUUUCUGAUAUAGCAAUUUUUUUUCAGGCAAAAGGCUACCAUGAUCACGCUAAACCAGAGUCAAAAACUCCUUCUGAACUAAGAAAAGCCACUGCCUUCAAGCAACGGAAAUUUUCGGAAAAAAAGCGCCAAAAAUUGGAGCGAGCACGCCGGAGUCCAGAUACAAAGGACUUCUUCUGCAUGCCGGAGCAUGCUUCAGGGUUUUGUCCAACCAACUCCACGGCAGAGAUGAAUCCAGUGUUUAAAUGCACAGGAAUAUGCGGAGGUAGCGGUGAAACCUGUUUUUGUUCCCCUCAUUCCUACUCAUCCUCCUCAUUCUCGGAGGGAUGGAUCAACCCUUCAUCCCCAUACCACAGCAUGGCUCCCUCCUCCCCUUAUCCAGGGAUCACACCACCACCCACUUUCCAGACGAUAACCCCGUCUUCUCCGUACCAGUGGGGGGAGGUGUCCUCUACCCAGGACCUAGCCGCAGCGACAUAUCUCCGGGAGUUUGAGGAAGCCUACAGGGGACUACCAGCGGGUUGUGUACAACAACAUCAAAUGAUGGCUCAAUCUCAACAAAACCUGAUUCAAAAUGAACAGCAGCUGUCAGAAAACUGUCAUCUACAAACAGAAUACUAUCAGACUGGAUUCAGUUCAGACAAUGACUUCUUUCAACCUAGUGAAAUUUUUCACCUAGAUCAACCAUUAACAGAGCUCAAGUACGAAAAUCUGCGAACCAACAGAUUUGAAAAUCCGCAAAUUCCUCCACCACUACAGCUGACCGAGAUUAACCGGUUAGAAAACCAGUUUUCACAUCCUCCUCCUCCUCCUCCCCCUCUAGCUCAUUGCAAAUACGCACCAGAGGACCGAUUAGUACAUGAAAAGAUAGAGUUUGAUAAUCCCGGGGAUUAUCCUGAUAUUUACACUUUUCCCCCACAUCGAGACAAUCAGAAAUUCCCCCUGUAUAAUCAGGAAAGGGCAAACAACCAAACAUUUUCCGAGGAUUUUCCUUCAGUCAGUAAUUACUCCGGAUUUGAAUAUACCCCGUCUCCAGAUGUUCUAGACUGGAGAUUGCUCCAGGAGGAUGGGCCGCAAAGGGUUAAUGUUUACCCUGAGAGAGUUAGGUCUGGUCGGGUGAAUCAAGGAGCUAGCAGUGGGUCGGUUAAUUUUGACGUUGCAUUAUUGUGACGCUAAUUGUACAUAUUCUGUACAGCAGAGGCGUAUUCAGGGGGGGCUAUUGGGGCUAAGUCCCCCCUGGACCAGUGAAAUCUAAUGAUUUCAGGGGGUAUUCAGGCCCUUACGGGUUCUGAGUUCCCCUCCCCUCUGGAAAAAAAAUAAAAGUAAGCCCCCCCUCUGGAAAAAUUCCUGAAUACGCCCCUGCUGUACAGCAAACAUGGGUAUUAAAUAGAAAUAGCAUCUAGUCAAAAUAAUGUUCAAAAACAUGCAACAUAUUCACAAACAUAAUUGUACUGUACUAUGUACUGCAGGUGUACAGUUUUAAAUGUGCUUUAAGUCUGUUACCAUAUCCUAUGUGCCUAAAUGUAUCUUUAAUGUACUAAAACGUACUUUUUCAUGAUAUUAAACUAGCUUUAUAUUCAUAUACCAUGAAAUAUG